AUGUACAACCUCUUGGAAGCCUGCAAGCCCGCCACUCAGCUCUCGUGGCGCAAGCGCCUGCUCGGCCACUUCCUCUGUUCCACCUUCCCCGCCCACACUGCGACUGUGGUGAUGACCGUGGGCUGCAAGUCCGGUUUUGAACUCUCCACCUUCGUCCGUGUCUACACUUUCAUGGAACGCAUUAAGUGGAACUACCCUAUCGGCUGGCUCUGGGCAAUCGGUCCUAUCCACACCCUGUCCUUCCUCCUGGCCCGCAUCACCCAUUUCGUGCCCGACUUCCCCGGCAAGGACGAGUGGAUUAUCAAUGGCGAGAUGGAGAGGGUUCGCGAUGUGCUCAGGGACCUCAUCAUCGUCCUCCUUGUGCUCACGUCAACAAGUCAAACGACUCCCACUUACACCUCUCUCAAAACAAUGAACCAUCGCGCCAUCGGUAACAGGAACGGCUCUCCAGGCCAAGCCAGCAGCUUUGCCGCCGCCGCCGCUCACCACCCCAUCCCCUCUGUCCGUUUUGGGGAGAAGGGCACUCCUUUUCGGGGCAAGCGCUGGGACUGGAUCCAGCAAAACCGUUUGUUGUUCCGGUUCCUGACCUCUCUCGGUCUCCUGAUGACCAUUGGCGGCCUCGUGGCCCUCGACAGCGGCGUAGUUUGGCCUCACGUGUGCCUCUUCUCUUUUAUCAUGGGCAUCAGCAUCAUCAUUGGCGUUUGUUCGCCGCUGCUCGAGUCCUCUUGUGAAUCCUUCGCCCAGGCCCUCGGCAUGUACCUCCUCGACAGCGUCCUCCACGCUCACCUUGUGACAGCCGCGAUGACCGUCGCUAGCGAAGUCGGCGGUCCCGAGUUCUCGUUCGGCAGAAUUACCAGGGUCUACUUCCUCGUGGAGCGCAUCCCGUCCUUGAAGUUCUGCUGGGCCACACCUCUGAGCCCCUUCGUCUUCACCGUUUAUCGCCUCUCUCAACGCUUCUUUAUCCAGAAGAAGCUUGGGAAGCCCUUCCUUGGUGGUCCUCGCAAGUGUCACGAGCACGACAUCCGUGCGAUCGCUCUGGAUCUCUUCAAAGAGCAACUGCUUGCUUACCUCAUCUUCCUCGUGAGUGUUGGGCUCGGCCAUCGACUAACUCACAGUGAAAGGGUGGACCACCUCCACCAGGCGGAAUGCGGUGUCCAUCGGCCUCCACUUUGCUUGAACGUCAUGGUCGGCAUUCUUUCGUCUUGGCGACUCGAUGAUUGCUUAACGUCAGCCAGGGUCGUCUCCGGAAUCUUCAAUCCUCUCCAUUCACGCCGCCAGAACUCAUCCACAACGAUGUCGCUCGCGGAUCUGACCAUCAUCGAGCUCACUCCCGAGCAGAACUCGCGCGCAAUCGCCAAUACCUACCCCGCCUGGAACCGCGGCCUGCGUCCAAGCUCGUUCCAGCGUGUAUGCGAGGAUGUCACAUCGCCGAUUCACUCGUGGGCAGCAAAGGGACGCUUCAAGUCAUGGGCGCUGGUGCGCCGCUCCGAGGCUGAGAACCCCGACUGUGAGCUCCUCUCUCACUGCGAGACGUACCGCCGACCUGCGAUGGUGAGCGAUGCCAGCGGUGUCCGGAGGCGUAAGUCCUACGGCAUCGCGUCCGUCUACACCCCCGAGCAGUUCCGCAAGCAGGGUUAUGCGCGCCGCAUGCUCCAGCUGCUGCACUACGUGCUUGCACCGGCCGAGGCGAUGCCGCCGUUCCCAGAGGCGUGGGGCGCCAAGCCGGUGGCGUACCUUGGCGACGCCGCCUUCAGCGUGCUGUACAGCGAUGUGGGUCCCGAGAUCUACGCCAGCUGCACGAUCGGCGAGAGUAAGCCAGGAUGGGUCAAGGAGCCGACGAUGAAGCGAGUGUGGACCCUCGCGCCCCUGCCGCACGGCGCUGUCCAGCCGAACAUCGUGGAGGACGAGAUUCUCAACUUUGACGCCCUCGCCAAGCUCGAGACCGCCGCCGGGCACGUUGUGAUCAAGACCGUCGAGGCGGCGCCGAAGGACAAGGUGCAGGUAGGCAUCAUCCCGCAACACGGCUGGCUCCGCUUCUUCAGUGCGCGUGAGGCGCUCGGUCGCGAGGCCGCUUCCCUCCCGGAUCCCGGCGCGCCCCUCCGUCGCUCGGGAUUCCGCUCGCUCGAGAACAAGGACGCCUGGUUCGCUUACACUGCCGAGACAAGGGGCGACCAGAGCCUCCGCCUUGUGCUAAACUGGGUCCAGGGACCCGUUCAAUGGAAGGAUGUUGAGCGUGUUGCGCGCGCCGAGAAGUGCAAGGAGGUCGAGCUCUGGGGCGGAAGUGAGGUCUGGGACGCUGAGGCGGGCGGUCCCCGCCUCGAGGACGACGACCACAUCCCCUGCCUGGCGCUUUACGGCGAGGGCGAGUGGAACUGGAACUACUGCGUUCAGUAA